UUUGUAUGCUACGUUCAUGAGAAACAUGUUGACAAACCCUGGCUGUAUCGGCAUAAAAGUAAAUAAAUACGUGUAGAAUUCAAAAAAUUAUAAAAUCUUAAUUUAACUAAUAAGAUGGCUGUCCAAACAUCUCUAUCGUUCAUCGUAUCUUUCCUGUCGAGCAUUUUAGUAUUUGCGGCUCUACAAUUUUGCAAAAAGUUCUUUGCUUCGUCUCAGUCAUUGACUCUUCUGGCUGGAUUCAUCGGGUCUCUCUUCUUCAUAUUGGCACUGACUGCAAUUUCAAAUUUAGAGACUCUAAUAUUGGGUAAAGGCUUUCAGUCUCGUUGGUUCCCAGAAGUUUUUAUAUGCCUACUUACUGCUUGCUUUGCAUGCUCAACUGUUCAUCGAGUUGCUGUGACCACAUGUAUUUUAUUCUCGUUCAUCGCCCUCUACUAUUUGAAUGCUAUUUCUCAGAAAUUCCAUACAUCAGCACCAAUCAUGGCCCAAGAUGUUAGCUUGUCAAAGAAGAAGAAGAAAUAAAGUCCUUUGCAUUCCUAAAUUUGUAUUCUAUUCAAUUUUUUUUAUGCUUAAUGUGUGUUUUAAUUAAUAAAAUGUUCAUCAUUUAUCGGUGAAUGAUGUGCUAAUUAUGCUGUAAAAUGACUAAAAAAA